AUGUCUUCCACUGACUCCGUCACCGCCCAGGAGUACAUCGAGUCUCAGGAGACCUUGGAGAACGAGGCACGCAGAAUCAUGCCUUAUGACCCCAACGAGUGUACUUACCACCUGGGAGAACUCAGGCAGCCUGUUUUUGCCUGUUUGACGUGUUCCAGACAGAACAACAAUACCCCAAUUGGAGUGUGCUAUUCGUGUUCUAUACAAUGCCAUUCGACUCACGAGAUAGUGGAGCUUUUCAGCAAGAGACGGUUCGUGUGUGAUUGCGGCACCAGCAAGAUGGGUGCCUCUACGAAUGGAGCGUGUGGUUUGAGACAGCGUCAGGGUGGCACAACCCCAGAAGCCCCACGCUUGAGAACGGGUUCUGUCACCUUGCUCUCACUGUUGCCAGAGGCCAGGCAGUCGCUGGCAUUGGGAAAGGCCGAAGAUAUCCCUUCGCUGUCAAACGAAUACAACCAUAACUUCCACGGGUUGUUUUGCUGCUGCAAUAAACCUUACAACCCCUUAGAAGAAACAGGUAACAUGAUCCAGUGCUACUUCGGCUUCAAUUGUGGCGAGGACUGGUAUCACGAGGAAUGCAUCUUGGGUUACAAGAGAGGACUAUUCAAAAAGGUGAAAGACUCAGGAAAUAUGCUCGACAAGUUGUCUCCUCCUGGCGAAGAUGCAACAGAUGCACCAACCACUUCCCCAGAAGACCAAGACGAAGAAGAGGAGGUGGAUUCGGUGCCGCGAUUUCCUGAUCUCGAUGAUUUCGAUCUGUUCAUAUGCUGGAAAUGCGUGGAUGCCUUUAAAGAUAUAUUCGUCGAGUUGGCAAAGAAACCAGACAUCGUAUACACAGUUCUUCCUCAUUUUGAAGAAGUGGGCUCGGUAGAGGAGUGGGAGAAAAAGUAUGACGCGUACAGAGUCAAGAAUGAGGACGACGAGCCCAAAGUGAAGAGAAUAAAAACCGAAGCUGGGGCAACUCCUUAUUCCGUGUUUUUGAGCAACGGAUUCCGUGAUGGUCUCACCGAAUUGAACAAGGAGGUGCCCCAAACGUCUAGAAUGGGCGAGUUUCUUGAGAAUCAUAAGUACCUAUUCGAGGAUGAUCCUGUGUUUGAGCCUCCAGAGGACGACGAUGAUGCUUCCACUGGUUCGAUAUUUGAUUUAGCUACUGACGCAUUGCUGUCAUUACCUAGAGAGCAGGCCAUAGAGGGCCUACAGGCGUAUGAUAAAAUCAGGUCUAAGUUGAAAGACUUCUUCAAACCAUUUGCAGAGCAGGGAAAGGUUGUUACUGAGAAGGAGGUAAGGGAUUUCUUUGGUUCAAUGGAAAAGAAGUAG